GGAGCCGGAACACGCUCAAACCGCAGUCGAAAGUUGAAGCAAGCAGAGCACAUAGAAAAAGAGUUUAGAGAUUCGAAGCGAAGAUGAUGAAGUUCCUUCUGUUGAUCAGUGUCCUGGUGAUCGUCGGCCAGUGUGCAGCGCGAGAGGUGGGCGCCGGAGUUGUGCGCCGCCAUCAGCGGCCGCAUCACCUGGGCACCGUUAAGGCCGAGACGCGGGUGGUGGGCGGCAGCGAUGCCCCAGACGGUUUUGCGCCCUACCAGGUGUCCAUUAUGAGCACCUUUGGCGAGCAUGUGUGCGGCGGCAGCAUCAUCGCGGAGCACUGGAUCCUGACGGCUGCCCACUGCCUGGAGUGGCCCACACAGUACCUGAAGAUCGUCACCGGCAGCAAUGACUACACCAAGCCCGGCGCCGAGUAUCUGGUGGAUGGGGCCAAGGUUCACUGCGGCCACGACAAGCCCGCCUAUCACAACGACAUUGCACUCAUCCACACGGCGAAGCCGAUUGUCUACAAUGCGCUGACGCAGCCCAUCAGGCUGGCCAGCAGGGGCAGCCUGCCCAAGGCCGGGGACAAGCUCACGCUGACCGGCUGGGGCAGCACCCGCACCUGGGGACGCUACGCCACCGAUCUGCAGAAGAUUGAGCUGAAGUAUGUGGAGCAUUCGGUGUGCGAGUCCAAAGUGCGCAACGUCAACUGGCUGAGCGAGGGACACCUGUGCACGUUCACGCAGGACGGCGAGGGCUCCUGCCACGGCGAUUCCGGCGGUCCGCUGGUGGACGAGAACCAAACCCUCGUUGGCGUCGUCAACUGGGGCGAGGCAUGCGCCAUCGGCUAUCCGGAUGUGUAUGGCUCCGUGGCCUACUAUCUGGACUGGAUAAAUGAGAUGAUGACAGCAGCGGGCACCGCGUGCUAAAGUCACCCCACCGGUUGGCCUGGGGUGGGGUUCAAAAGCCACGACGAACAAAAAAUAGCAAUUGCCAUAUAAUCGGCGGUUGCGAAUCGAUCAAAGUAGCCAGUAAAUUUUAUCACACAAAUAUCGUAGCCAUUAAAUAAUUUAUGAACAAAUAAAACAAAAAACAAAACGCAAUUGCGUUUCACAUACUCUACCCAAA